GACAAAAAGACGGGAGAAGGUGUGCACAUUAAAGAUGCAUGGGGACCAGUGUGUUGAGUUUAAAGUUCUCCACGCUUUAUGCAGGCCUACUAAAAUAUUCAUGGCCUACACUGCGUGUGCAGGCUGCGGCACUUCGACUUAAUCUCCUUCCACUGAGAAAGAGGGUGCAGGGGCUCACAGCAAAGCAAGCACCGGCUCUUCUGAUUAAGGAUGUUCGAGUCGUCUAACACUGAACCAAAAUGUGUGAAGAUCCGCUACGACUUUGUGGCACGCAAUUCCAACGAGCUGACUGUGCAAAAGGGUGAGGUGCUAGAGGUACUGAACAGUGAAAAGCAGUGGUGGUUGGUGAGGAACCGCAGCACUCAUACGGGGUAUGUGCCCUGCAAUGUGCUGGAGGAGUUGAAAGCAGGAGAGACACAAUACAACCGUGCUGAGUUCUUCAACAGCCAGGCUGUGAAUCCUUACAAAGCUACUUCUCCACCUGCCUUGAUAAAUCACACUGAGAAUGUGGAGAUGAAUAAAUCCUCGCGGGACAAAGACAACCGAACUCAGCAGAAGGAGGUGAACGAUGAGCUCUUGAAGAGGAUUACGGACAGCAAAGCCCAACCUCCUGCUCGCAACUUCCGGGUGGAACACCCCAUCAGAACAUUGCCCAUCACUUAUGAUUCUCAGCCAUUCGAGAUUUGCGGGUGGCUCAAUGCCAAGGGCUUCUCCAGGCCGGUAGUGGACAGCCUGGGCAUUCUGACAGGAGCUCAGCUCUUCUCUCUGAGUAAGGAUGAACUAAAGGCAGUGUGUGGUGACGAGGGCUCUCGGGUCUACAGCCAGAUCAGUGUGCAGAAAGCGCAGAUAGAGAUUUGCUUUGUAAACUCUCUUCAUUUCCAUUUUCUCAGAGGAGCUAUGGAAACUCUGAGCUAGAGGAAAUCAUGAAGCGCCGGCAGCGGGAGGUGGAUGCUUUUACUUGGAACUGAUUGCGCUCAAACUGCCUGUCAGUCACAGCACAUUUCCAUCCGGUUCCUUCAGCUCAUCUAACCUACUCCACAGAUUUAGCAGAGUUGGAAAGAAGAACACAGACACUGUCAAUUGUUUGUCUAAACUAAUUCACACCAAACUAAACUGGGCAACAAAAAACAAAUUCCAAUGUUAUUUAUGCUACUAAUUUAGUAUUUAUUCCUAUUCAUUUGCCUGUAUAUUUAUGUAUAUAUGUAUGUAUAUACAUAUAUAUGUAUAUAUGCAUGUGUAUAUAUACAUACACACAUUAUAUACACAUAUAUAUAAUUAUAU